CAUUACAGUAUUGGUGUACAUCGUGUACAAUCGUCCUGGUAACGACAUGACGGGUACCAGGUAUUUUCAUGAAGUCGUUCGUAGGCGCCAUGUUGUCCCCAAAGUUCAGCAAGUUGUGAAUACUGUACGUGAAGCUUGUAGUACAAAAACACAAGUGUUCCUAAUUCCUGUUUGUUUCAGCUAAAUGCUGCAUGCAAGAUGACAGGCUGUAGUGUUAAGGGUUGCUCGAAUCGCCCAGAGAAAGGUUUCAAGAUGCAUAAGUUUCCUAGAGAUCCGCAAAGACGGAGAGCCUGGGUAGAAAAUAUCAAACAAACCCACGUGAAUGCGAAUGGGAAGCCUUGGACUGCUACAAUAUAUGCUCAAGUCUGUGAGGUUCAUUUUGAAGAAGAUCAGUAUGAGCAGCAUCGGGCUGACAGGAAACGGAAACUAAAGUUCAAUGCAGUGCCGACCAUCUUUGGUGACAAAGCUCGCAGAGUGAUACCUUACCAAAUGCGACCCGUGUCACCGGCCCCUACACCCAUGCCUGAACUCCCUCAUCGAAAUCCUAUCCCCCAUGAUCACGCCUACUCUGCCAGCCCCCCACCACCAUGUGAUGCUGCUGAGAUCAUCUCAAGUGCCAAAGACUCUGAUGAAGAACUUGAAGCUGAGGGCAUCACUCAGGGAGAUAUGACCCUCACAGACUCCUUCAGUAUGAAUGCUGGGGAAAACAAGCUGACUAGGAUGAGACACAGGUUGAAGAUGUACCGAACCAAGCUGCAACAACUGAAGAGAGAGAAAAAGACAAUGCUCAAGAGGAAGGCGAGACUUGAAAAUCAUAUGCAGAAAUUAUUUGGUAGAGAUCAGCUAGAGGCAUUGAACAGAGGCAGCAUGAGGGGUAUUAAAUGGAGCACAGAGACAAUCCAGAAAGCAUUGGCUCUAUGGCAGAUGUGUGGAUCCAAUGGAUAUGAGUAUCUCCUCAUACAACACUAUCCUCUACCCUCCAUUCGUACACUGCAGCGCUCCAUGGAGGAACAUAAACCCAGCCAGGACCUUGAUGAGGUGGUCUGCACCAGCUGUGCUACCUUGCUACCCCAUGAACGGUUUGAGAUUUCCACAGCUGGGAAACAUUGAAGAGGGAAAGGUCACUGGAAAUCAUCCCAAUUCUCUUGACAUCAUUACUGCCAUUUGGCUCGUAUCAGUACUGAAAGCUACGUUGGAUUCAUGCAUUGUACAUAGAGGGCGCUGUGGAGUGUAACCAUAGAGACAAGAGGAGGACACUUGUGAUCUCCCGGGCUAUUGGGACAAUAAUUACUAGGUCACAAUGUCUAAAGACUGAUCCAAUUGUACACCAUAACUUGCCGGUGGCAUCACACUCAUGUGCACAUGUUUCCGCUUGAUGCGCACGCCCAUGUGACCCUUUUGGUCAAUGAGGCAUGUAACACAGGUUUAUCACCUGUCCACGAACGUUGUGUCACUGCCGUAACGACUUUGAAUUGUUGUCACUAAAUUACACUCGAGGGCCGGCAGUACUACAUGCUGUUAGCUUCAUUCAUUUCUUGUGGAGAUUUGUGCUCUUGGUAGCUAUAGCUAAAUCAAUCAGAUGUGACAUGGGAUUGAAUACAUCCUUUUCUAAAAAUUCUGGAUCUUCAUUACAGCACUGUGAACAAUCUGUCAUCCCGAAUUGUUUGAUCAUAAUGUCCUUUAGCAUUCUCUUCAUAUCGCACCAGAUAUCCCUAUUAAACCCUAUUUUCUCUAAAACUGUUAAUCAGACACAGGACCCAUGUGUGGAGUGUGAGAAAUCCCGUUUAAGGUUUUCACAUACUAUACUAUGUGUAUUUCUUUUUUUCUAAGGCCCACACAAACUUGGGGGACCAACUUGUAUGUGGUUUUUUCCUUUCCCUUUUUUUUGGGGGGGGGAGGAACUUGGAGUUUUCUAUGUUUUGAGGCUUUUACACGCUUAUGGAAAGGAGGGGCAUGAAAUGAACUAGGCCAAAAAGUCAUUUCUUUUUAAAAAUAAAAUUGUAUUCCAUUUUUUUUGGGGGGGUACCCCUUUGCCCCACCCCUUGGGUCUGCCCUUGUACACAAUGAUCUGUAUGCCUAUAUCUGUACAAGUGUGACUGUCGUUUAUACGGCCAAAAUGUGAUUUUUUUUAAAUUAAUAAUUAUUUAAAGUUGUUUGUGCCUAUUCAUAUUUGCCUGGAAAUUGACAUUGUUUGCAUAUUUCCAUUAAUUAGCCAACAUGUAGAUUUAUUCUGUAUAUUUAUGUAUUAAAUAUGAUCUAAUCUCUUAGUGAUUGCCACAGUUAACAAUUAAUGUAACAGACCCGUUCAAAUGUUAAUAAUCAAACAUCAGACCGGCUUUUUGUGUGAUGAUGUAGCCUGGAUUCCAUUUCAUAGACCGGCUUUUUGUGUGAUGAUGUAGCCUGGAUUCCAUUUUCAAGAUUCUCUCAAGACCGUUUUUUUUCUCGAUAUUCCUAUUUUUUUCCAAAGCAUGCAUUGCUUGCAUGCAACAUUGACGUCGGCGAUUUUUAUUCCAAUGAAUUCACAGUUCACCGAGAUUUUUCAAGUAACAUAACUGUCAUAGAUUCUGUCACAUGUAUCAGAAUAUGCCAAGUGUCACUGCCAAAGUUAGAUUAAAUGAAGACGACAAUGGCAAUCAACUAAAUUCGAUACACUUCUCCUAGCUGUAAAUUGCCAAGGUCUUGAAUUGUUGCGUGGACAUUAGAUUUUCAAAUGUUUCAGUGGGAAAAACUCGCUUUCUCCUGUUUGAGUGUUCACUGACGUGUCGUGAAAUCCCACACUUUAGGACUCUAAGCCCGCUAUAUAGUUAAACCACUUUUGUGACAUCACCUAUUCAAAAGGUUUCGAUUAUUCUAAGAAGUAUUUUGCUGUGAGAAUGUAUAGUUCAAACAAAAGUGACAGAUCAAAAUUGACGUGAUAGACACAGAAAUUUGACAUUAUGGCAUCGAAUUAUUAAAACGUCCAGCACAAUAAGGCGCUUUUAAGAGUUAAGUACACCUUUCAAAUGGUCGAUGGGUUAAUGUGCUCUCUGAAUUUUUCGAUUUGCCAGCCCGCUAAUAUUUUCUAUUUCGUAGUCGUUGGUGAAUAAAGAUUUUCAUUUAAAGGGAA